GCCGUUUCAGCUCUCAUCGCAAACAAAGCAAAAAAAAAUGGCUGGAAAAAAGCAAGAGCUUCCCUUAUCCGCCGUCGAGAGUCCGAUGAGAGACACGUUAAAGCAGAAGAAGAAGAAAAAGAGCAAGAAGAACAAACAGGCAGAGGAGGUCGAAGUGCCUCAAGAGCUCGUCGUCACUAAUGGUGAAGAGUUGAGUAGUAAAGAGAAGAAGAAGAAGCGUAAGAGAGAUGAGAAAGAGAUGGAGAAGGAGAAGAAGAAGAAAGAAGAGAGUAAAAUCCCAGAAAAGAAGCCGGAACCUGAGGCUUCUGAAGGAGUAAGUGAGCAGAAGGUUGUGGUCACGGGGAAAGGUGCGGAGGAAGCAAAGUACGCAGCUUUAACAUCAUUUGCUGAAUCGAAGUUGCCGGAGAAUGUUCUUGAUUGCUGCAAGACUUUCCAGAAACCUUCUCCGAUUCAGUCUCACUCGUGGCCGUUUUUGUUGGACGGUCGUGAUCUUAUCGGGAUUGCAAAAACCGGUUCAGGUAAGACAUUGGCGUUUGGGAUUCCUGCGAUUAUGCACAUGUUGAAGAAGAACAAGAGUGGUAAAGGAACAAGGAACCCGACUUGUCUGGUUCUUUCUCCGACAAGAGAGUUAGCUGUUCAGAUUUCUGAUGUUUUGAGUGAAGCUGGAGAACCAUGUGGUUUGAAAUCGAUUUGUGUGUAUGGUGGAAGCUCUAAAAGGCCUCAAAUUAACGCUAUUCGAUCUGGAGUUGAUAUUGUCAUUGGUACGCCUGGGCGUUUGAGAGACCUGAUUGAGUCUAACGAGCUCCGUCUCUCAGAUAUUUCCUUUGUGGUAUUGGAUGAAGCAGAUCGAAUGCUUGAUAUGGGUUUCGAGGAACCAGUCCGGUUUAUUCUGAGCAAGACGAAUAAAGUUCGUCAGAUGGUUAUGUUUAGUGCAACUUGGCCUAUAGAUGUUCACAAAUUGGCUCAGGAAUUCAUGGAUCCAAACCCGGUCAAGAUAGUCAUAGGUUCUGAAGACUUGGCUGCCAACCACGACGUUAUGCAAAUCGUCGAGGUCCUGGAUGAUCAUGCUCGUGAUCAGCGUCUUCUUGCUUUACUAGAAAAAUAUCAUAAAUCACAAAAGAACAGGGUUUUGGUAUUUGCCUUGUACAAGGUGGAAGCUGACCGUCUCGAGCGUUUCCUUCAGACAAGAGGCUGGAAGGCUGUAUCCAUUCACGGAAACAAAGCACAGAGCGAACGUACCAGGUCUUUGGCAUUGUUCAAAGAAGGAUCCUGUCCGUUGCUGGUGGCUACUGAUGUAGCAGCAAGAGGGCUUGAUAUCCCGGACGUGGAAGUAGUGAUAAACUACAGUUUCCCUUUAACAACAGAGGAUUAUGUACACAGAAUCGGUAGGACGGGAAGAGCGGGUAAAAAAGGUGUUGCGCACACCUUCUUCACACAACAGAACAAGGGUCUUGCUGGAGAGCUUGUAAAUGUUCUCAGGGAAGCUGGACAGGUCGUGCCUGCUGAUCUUACGAAGUUUGGCACUCAUGUAAAGAAAAAGGAAUCAAAACUGUAUGGAGCUCAUUUCAAAGAAAUAGCAGCUGAUGCUCCAAAAGCUACCAAGAUCACAUUCGCUGAUUCUGACGACGAGGACUAAGUUUUUCAUAUUCGAUUAGUUUAUUAUUGUUCUAGAUUAGAUAUGAAAACCUCCCUUUGAUUUUCGUCUUGUGUGUCGGCUCUGCCUGAAUAACAUAUAUACAUUUUGUUUCAGCAUUUUCGUAAUAUUUGUUUGCUUUUGUCGUAUUGGUAAAAUAGUACUCUCUUUCUCAUAAGAAAAUGUUAUUCUAACAAUUUUUUCUUUUAAAUAAAAAAAUAUCUUUAGA